AUGGGUGGGUAUCCUGUGGGAGGAAAUGAGGGAGGAUUAGCGGGUGUGGAAACUGUAACUUUAGCAACUGCUUCUAAAGACCGGACACUAAGGCUAUGGAAGAUCAAUACCGAGGAGGAGGCUACCGACCAUCCUUUGAGGGUUAGAGCUUACAAAAUCUUGCGUGGUCACAAGUCUUCUGUACAAAGUGUUGCAGCACAGACUAAUGGAGAAAUGGUUUGUUCCGGUUCUUGGGAUUGCACCAUCAACCUUUGGCGAAUCAAUGACACUAAUGCAGAAAAUGAUUUUGUGUCUAAGAAGAGAAAAGUUGAAGGUCAAGUUGAGGACUCUCAAUUGGAGGGAGAAGCUUUUACAACCCUUGUUGGCCAUACACAGUGUGUGUCUUCUGUGAUUUGGCCACAAAGAGGGUCAAUCUAUUCUGCAUCUUGGGAUCAUUCUAUUAGGAAAUGGGAUGUUGAGAAAGGAAAAAACGUGUCAGACAUAUUUUGCGGGAAGGCUCUUAACUGCCUUGACAUCGGAGGGGAUGGUUCUGCAUUGAUAGCUGCCGGUGGUUCUGACAAUGUCGUUAGGAUUUGGGAUCCUCGUAAGCCAGGCACUUCUGCUCCUGUUCUUCAGUUUGCUUCUCACACUUCUUGGGUAUCAAGCUGCAAAUGGCAUGAUAAUUCUCCGUUUCAUUUACUGUCUGCAUCUUAUGAUGGGAAAGUUAUGUUAUGGGAUCUGAGAACUGCGUGGUCUCUUUCAGUCAUUGAAUCACACAGCGACAAGGUAUUGUGUGCUGACUGGUGGAAAGGUGAUAGUGUUAUCAGUGGUGGAGCAGAUUCAAAACUUUGCAUUUCUUCAAAUAUUCCGGUGCAGUGACGUAAACUUUGAUCUCUCAUACAUGGAACUGUUUGAGUUUGAAGCCAAUUUUGUGAGGCAGAACUACUGCUAGUGUUUUAUCCUAUAUAACACAUACACUUCAUAUUGAGGGCGUGUUCAGUGUAAGACAUGUGAUCAAUUGUAAACAACAUUCUUACUUUGUCACGUCAAAAAUAGAAGUCCGUGUUUCUACCGCACACUGUUUAAUACGACUUGAGACGAUGCUCAAA